CCCUCCUCCUGCUCGCUACCUCUCUCCUCUCACACACUCACGCGCCGUCGCUCCUUUACCUCAUUCUCUCUCUCUCUCUCUCUUCUGCUACAUUCUGGAUCUCCAGCUUCCUCUUCCUCUUCUCCUCGGUGUGUCGGAGGCUCAGCACGAUCCAGUAAAGCAGAGGUUCUUGGUCUUGUACAGUUCAGUCGAGUGUUUGUGUAGCUGCGCAGUUCACCGCUUCCUGAAGUUCCAGAAAAAUGUAAAUGACUAAAAAGCAACACUCCCAGUGAACAGCCAAGUCUGGAUCAGACAGAUGCUGAUGUGAGACUGACACAACUGCACAAAUAUAUCACAAUUCUGAAGAAGAGUGAGCUGAAAAGGUCAGAGGUCAUGAGUCACUUCAUUGGAGAUUGAUGCUAUAAACCCUUAAUACGGAACUCUUAAAAUGGGGCCAUUGUUUUGCACUUUGUGCCUCCUACAGUGCUGAUUGCCCUAAAGACAUUCCUGAAACUGUGUCUUUCUAAUCCUUUGGCUACCUCCUGACUGAGGCCACUUUUUUAAUCUCUUUUCUUUUUGCUCUUAAUCAAAGUAAAUCCAACUCUUACUAAGAAAAAAUGGCCACAAGAACAUUCAGCCUCUCUAAGUCCUCUUCCCAUGCAAUCGCUUUCAUUUUUCUUACCCUGUUUUUACUCCCACUACCAACAUUAGUGAGGGGUGACUGCUGGCUAAUCGAGGGCGAUAAAGGUUAUGUGUGGUUGGCAAUCUGCAGCCAGAACCAGCCACCAUUUGAGACAAUCCCUCAGCACAUCAACAACACUGUGCAUGACCUGCGUCUGAACGAAAACAAGCUGAAGGCCAUCUUCUUCAGCUCCAUGAGUCGUUUCACUAACCUCACCGAUCUCAAUCUCACCAAGAAUGAGAUCUCCUAUAUCGAAGAUGGUGCCUUUGCAGGGCAGGCUAACCUUCAAGUGCUACAACUGGGCUACAACAAGCUAACGAACCUUACAGAAGGGAUGCUUAGGGGCCUAGGGAGAAUGCAGUGCUUGUUUUUGCAGCACAACCUCAUUGAAGUGAUUGCCACCAAUGCGUUUUGGGAGAGUCCCAAUCUGAGCAGCAUUGACCUGUCUUCUAACAAACUAGCGAAGUUGGACCAGUCUACAUUCACAGUUCUCGGACGUCUAAUGGUGUGUGAACUAGCAGGGAAUCCUUUUCAUUGUGGCUGUGAGCUCUAUAGCUUCCUAACCUGGCUGGAUGCCUUUAAUAAUGUCACACACACCUAUGAUAGGCUGCAGUGCGAAACCCCCAAGGAACUUUCUGGAUAUCCUUUACUAAGUCCAGUUGCCAGCCACAUCCGCAAUGCCCACUCUAUCUUAUCAUCCAUUUGCAAAGAUGGAGUUAUUAUUCCUGGGAUGACGUCCUUGCCUCCAGAUUUUGAUUCUUCUGGACUAGGUCCGGAUAUCCCUGAUCAGAUGGGACCAUAUCAUCAACCCACAACCUCGUCAACUGUGAUUCCAUCUUACAGCCCUAGCAUCCGGCUUCAUUCCGUUUCACUGUCAUCGGCUUCUUUACUGGUUCAGAUUCCUCGACCUUACAGCAAGAUGUAUAUCCUGGUACAGUACAACCAUAGCUAUGUCUCCGAUAUUAUGAACCUUAAGAAAAAGAAAGAGAUAGUCACACUCAACACACUGAAACCCCACACAGAUUACACCUUUUGCGUAGCCUCAAUUCGUAAUUCACAGCGAUACAACCACACUUGUUUAAAUUUUGCCACAAGAUCUCCAGGACCUGAUGAUCUGCGUGCUGGGCCGUCGACCACCACCCACUACAUAAUGACCAUUCUGGGCUGUCUGUUCGGUAUGGUCAUCGUGUUGGGCUUGGUGUACUACUGCCUACGCAGGCGGCGGAUUCAGGAGGAGAAAGAGAACUCAAUAAGUGUCAAGAAGACUAUCUUAGAAAUGCGCUAUGGCCCUGAGGCAGCAGCUGCAGCUGCCAAAGACCCCUCUGUUUUGCAGAAGCUCCAGGAACAAGUUCACCAUCAGCACUACCACAGCAAGUUGUCCCAGUCCACUUCCUCUAGCAUAGGAAUGCUCCACAGUUCUGCCAACACCAGCUCCUCUCGGCUCUCAACACUUCCCCAGACUGACAAGAUGGCCACUGCUUUCUCAGAGGCCAUUAGCAGCAGUAAGGGGAACUACAUGGACGUGAGAGGGGAGGAACGUCUAAAGGAUGGAGCAAUGCCAAUUUCAGAGGAUGAGAUAAGGCGGGAGGUGAAUGGAAUAGGUGCAGGAGAGGAGGACUCGGACGAUGGUGAGCGAGGAUCGACAUCUGAGAUCUCCACCAUUGCUAUGGAGGUGGACAAAGUAAACCAGAUCAUCAACAACUGCAUAGAUGCACUAAAACUGGACUCGGGAGUUCCAGCCUCCACAGCUGAAAAAUCUUCCCCUCCACUUCCACAGUGUAGCACUUCCUCCUCCAGAGGACUCAUCCCACUUUCUCCAACAACAACAGACACAUGCCCAAUCAUGUCUUCUCCAAAAAUCCCCCAUCUACCCCCUGUGCCUCUAGUCAUGCCUCUGUCAGAGAGACCGGGAAUCAGUGGAGGCGGUUUUCUAUCCCCACCCUACAGGGACCCACCUCCAGUUACAGCGGCACGCCCUUUACAGCGGCAACUGAGUGCUGAUGCGGCUGUUGUGGCUCUCAACGUGAAGAAUCGUUGUGGUGUUUCCUCUGGAAUGGCCAGUAAGAACACAAGGGUCUUUAGCUUAGAUGUUCCUGAGCCUCGGAGUCCAGAUUCCUUCAAGUUUCCGGAAAAAGGCAGUCCUGUUCGAUGCGGGGAGCCCCUAAAUAGGCUCCCUCUGGUGGGGGUUCAAGGGGGCAAUAAUAGCAGGGGAGAAGGUGGCAACGGGGGAGGAGGGGGAGCCGGUGGUGGCAGUGGUGGUUCGGGUGGAUGUGGUGGUGUAGUUCCAGCUCAACAGCACCUCCUGGAGGUGCACCCAGACUACCACUGCUCAGAGCACCGACACUCCUUCCCCGCUCUCUACUAUGAGGAUGCCGCCGACUCCCCUGCCCAGAAGGCUUCCUUCCUAAAGCCCCUCUCUCGCACCAAGAGGGACACUGCCUAUUCCCAGCUCUCGCCACGUCACCACAACUACUCGGGAUACUCAUCCAGCCCCGAAUACACAUCUGAGACCACUCUGAAGAUCUGGGAGCGUUUUCGUCCUUACAAAAAGAGCCCUCGUCAGGACGCCUACAUAGCAGCUGGGCACGCGCUUCGGAAGAAAGUUCAGUUCGCAAAAGACGAGGAUUUGCAUGACAUUCUUGACUUUUGGAAAGGGGUAUCUGCACAGCAGAAACUGUAAAUCGAUGGAGAGGCACUACAGCACAUGGCUGCAGAGAAGAGAGAAGUGGGUCUUGAGAAAGCUAAGUACUUUGGUCUUCAAGUGAAUCCACAGAGACAAGCGUUUGAAUGAAGUCUGGAUUACACACAGUAUCAUAAAGGUGUUGGAAAUGGGUAGAUCAUUAAUUGAUCAAAAUUGCACAUGAAAUUGGGUUUUUAAUCAGAGUUCAGAAUGACCAAAUUUCAUUGCUGAAACUUUUCAUUUCUGUUGUCUGCAAUCAUUCGAGUUUAAUUUCAAAAGGAAAACAUACUCAAGUAAGUGAUUAGUGGUAUUUGUGUUAUCUUGCCUAGGUUUAGGGACAACAAUAACGCAUGGUUAUUUUGUUAAUUGUUCUCAGCUUUAAUUGAAAAGAUAAAUAGCAGGUUUGAAUUUAGCACAGCUAUUUAAAUGGCAAAUUCUGUAAACCCUGCUCCAUCUGUUCACCCACUCUAUUCAGUCUAAGCAUGCUCAUUGAUUCGUGACAUCUACACAUGUUUCUCCCAGUGCAUUGGGCUUGCUUUUCAUUGCACAGGCAGAGAAUUGCUUAUACUUUACAUUCAGGAAGCAUAGCAGCUCAUAUUGAAGCUGUUAUUUAUUUAUUUAUUUAUUUAUUUAUUUAUUUAUCCUCUCUUGUAGCACAGCGAGGUCUAAUUUAUUACUUUCCAGAUUUUGCCUGGGAGAUUCGCUGUUCAUUUGUGAUUCUGGAACAAAUGCUACCAAAAUGUAAGAGGACUGUAGGGGAUUUGAGCGAACAAAAAUGAAAUGAAAAGGAGGAUCCACGGUGUGAUGGUGCUCUGUCAGAAAAGGCACAGGCUUUAAGAAACAGCAGCCUUCAAUUUGUACAGUUGUACAUCAUAACACAGAUACUUAUGCUAAUGCAAAUGCUAUGUUUUUGUCAUUACUCUGAUGUGUGUUAUUUCCAGUUAGUUCUGUGAUGAACGAUGCAUAAGAUGGAUGCUUUAUCUAAUGUAGUCGUACUCUUUUAAUUGGAACAAGAUUGAAAACUAGUCGUGAAUAUACUUUUAGUUGAUUUGUCCAAGCACAGCAAGUCAACGAGGCUUGCUAACUUAUCUAAAGUUAUCUAAGGUUUUUAUAUUAGAAUUAUUUCAAUAACCUGGCAUGAUUGAUUACAUUUUCUUCUCUUCCUGCAUUCCUUCCAAUCCCAUAGCGACUUACUACUAGCGAUUCAUCUAUUUUUUAAAUCAGGCACUGUUAUAUGAAAUACCGGGAGAACCUUAUCCGGAAUAAUCUGGUAAAUGAUAUACCCUUCUGGAGGUAAGGUGUUACAGGUGUUACAGGGGUGACAUAGUGCUGAUAUUAACACUGCCACACUCAACAUGUGAUUAGAAUUAUUUGUGCAUGGUCCAGUGAGGUUGAAACCCAUAAUGCACGACACCCAUGGGGUCUCCAACUGAUCCCUCGAUGACGAAUGAAUUGGAUAAGGGAAUAAAUUACAGCAGAUCUAAACUCUGUGGCCAUCAAAAUUAUACACCAGGCUUCCUGACCUGCAGUCAGUUUGACUAACACAGAUUUGGUAUCGCUAGCUGGCUUAUUAGCUUAGUUGUGCUGCAAGCUAUCAGAUUUCUGUUUGUUUAUACAUCUGAGAGUAAACUCACUGUGGCAUCAGGUUUCUGCCUGGUUAAUUACUGUGUAUUGAUCCUUUUGAUAAGUGUGUUCAGAGCACGGCAUUUAAGACAGACUAAAAUACGCCCAGCGCAGGUGAAUAAAGUCAACAUCGCACAUGAAUACAGAUCGAUACUGUGUAAUUGAGAAUUGACCCAGCCAGGGCAAAAGCAGCCAAUCCCCCUGGGGGCUAUUUUAAAACCAAAUUCAUAUUAGACAGUCGAAAGGAUGGGUUUGGUUCUAGAGUAAUUUUGACCUUAAACAAGUUUUCUGUAAUUGGAUAUAAGACCUGAACAGAGUUCCAUUGCCCCUGAGAGCUCAGAGUUAAUAAGAUUUAAUCCAAGCAUUAAUGCACACACUUAACAGGAGUCUAAUUCAAGCUGGGUAAGAUUAAAGGACUGUUUUCAGUUCUGUCUAAUAGUUAAAUAUAUAAGACGUAACGUGUGAUUAAUGCUGCCACGGUGAAAUUUAUAUGAUUACAGUUCAGUGUAGAUUCUCAAGUUGGGUCAUUGUCCAGAGUGCACUUCAGGAUGGAGGAAAUGAGGCCACAGAGAAAGGAACUGCUCAGUGCUUUUGAUCAGCUGAACGCAUAAGGACCCUGGCACACCAACCUCACCACCUACCCCAUCCUGGGGUAAAGGGCAGCAUCACACCUGAGAGUUGCUGUAUUAGUCUCCUGGCCAGCAGGCGCAGUGCUCUUUGUUCAUGAUCACAGUGUCAUAGAAAGAAUAAACUUCUCCCAAACCCCAUAAUCCUGCACUAAUGAUCAUAACUAGCAAACCUUCUUGGUGACAGUAAAUGUAGCCGAGCACAUAGGACUAAUCCCCAUUAUUACAUGUGUUUAAAGGUGAUGUCACACUCGGAGCUGUUUGGGGUUGGAGCUUGUGCAUUUCUUCACUUCUGUGAUUCUCUAAUUAGAAAGCAGUUCAUCUGUUUUUAUUUAUUUUGUUUUAACUUUUUACAGUCAUGGUCUGUCAUCAUCAUCAUCAUCAUCAGCAUCAAGAAGACAAGAUUUUUGCACCAGUUGGAACAGAAGGAAGUGUCAUGAGUCGAACCAAUAACCUUACUCCCGAUGUGCAGCACAGAAUCUGGAUCACAUCAACACCAGAUGGGUUUUAAAAACACCACCAAACAAAACCCAGCUCCAGAGUCCAGAAAAAAGAAACUGCCUGGAAGUGACUUUUGGGGGCUGCGUUUAAAUAGCAGCUGAGCAGCUGAGAUGAGAUCAGACUGAGGUGACAUCAGACUGAGGAACUGAGAUCAGACUGAGAUGAGAUCAGACUGAGCAGCUGAGAUGAGAUCAGACUGAGCAACUGGGAUCAGACUGAGCAACUGAGAUGAGAUCAGACUGAGCAACUGGGAUCAGACUGAGCAACUGAGAUGAGAUCAGACUGAGCAACUGAGAUCAGACUGAGAUGAGAUCAGACUGAGCAGCUGAGAUGAGAUCAGACUGAGCAACUGAGAUCAGACUGAGGUGUCAUCAGACUGAGCAACUGAGAUCAGACUGAGAUGAGAUCAGACUGAGCAACUGAGAUCAGACUGAGCAACUGAGAUGAGAUUAGACUGAGCAACUGAGAUGAGAUCAGACUGAGAAACUGAGAUCAGACUGAGAUGAGAUCAGACUGAGCAGCUGAGAUGAGAUCAGACUGAGCAACUGAGAUUAGACUGAGAUGAGAUCAGACUGAGCAACUGAGAUAAGAUCAGACUGAGAUAAGAUCAGACUGAGAUAAGAUCAGACUGAGAUAAGAUCAGACAGAUGAAAUCAGACUGAGCAGCUGAGAUAAGAUCAGACUGAGAUGAGAUUAGACUGAGCAGCUGACGCUUAAGUUCCAGUCUCACAUAAAGAUGAACCAGCUGCACUUUGAUGAUUUUUAUGAUUUGACCUCAUGACUGACCACAAGCCUUAACCACUAAGCUGUCACUUCCUGUACUGAACAGCCAAUCAGAGAGCUCAGUGCCUCUGUAGUACGGUGCUAACGAGGGUCCUAUUAAACCAUGGUUUGGUGUGUCAGGGUUCUUGGCUUUAAGUAAUCUGUUUUCAACGACAUCUUUAUUAAAACACUAACGGAGAACAAAUCCGGUGGAAAAAAGGUUAAGGUUAACGUUCAGGUGAUCGUCUGAUCCAAAUCCAAUCAAACCCCAAAGUUCUUUACAUAAAUUAGCAUAAAGAGUCAGGAUCCUGAAACUCCCUCACACCGCUACUGACAUGCUACCGGAUGCUAACUGUGACACAAAUUAAAGAACAAUCUACUUCAUACAAUGGUAACGAACAUACACACACACACACACACACACACACACACACACACACACACACACACACUGUACACACACUCGAUACAGACACUUUUGUACAAACCUCAUGUCUUAUAGAUGAUGUUUACAGAGACUUGUGGUCUUAAGUGCUCCUUUGGAACGCAGAUCUCAGUGAGAGGAGAACCAAACACUCACAAAACUCAAUCUCUUUAUUAUAUCAUUUAUUUAUUUAUUUAUUUAUUUAUUUAUUUAUUUAUUUAUUUAUUUAUUUAUUUAUUUAUUUAUUUAUAUAACUGUUAAGCUCUUUGACUAAUUCUGCAUUUGUUGCUCUUCGUGAUCUGACGAUCUGUUUGUGCAACACAAGUGAAAUGUCUGUUUUCUCCAUAAUGUCUCCUGAUUAAAGGUUAAAUAUGAAUAAUUGUUAAAUAUUACAUUAACACACAAAGAAUGCUUCACACGGCUAACGGUUAUAUAUCGACAAAACCGACAUGAUGUAAAUAAUUAGAAGUAAACCAUCCUGUGUGUGUGUGUGUGUGUGUGUGUGUGUGUGUGUGUGUGUGUGUGUGUGUGUGUGUGUCUUUUCACAGCUGAAUUAGUGUGUAAUGUUUAGUAUUUGUGAGGGAAUGAGGCUGAUUUUUUUUUUGUAUAGCUGUGGGUGUCGCUGUACAUUGCACAGUAAUGUUAUAGAGUCUGACUCGUAAUCCGUAUGUCACGUCACUGUAACAUUUCAGCUUUAAUCUCAUCUCACGGAUCAUCACAUUCACUGACAAAUAUCACGUGUGUGCGUGUGCGUAUGUGCAUGUGUGAGUGUCUGUGUGUGUGACUUGAGUGUGUGUGUGUGUGGUGUGUGACUUGAGUGUGAGUGUGUGUGUGUUUGUGUGUGUGAGACUUGAGUGUGUGU